AUGGAGCGUCUCAGUAAGCUCAUCAUAAGGAGCUGUGAUAUAUCUGAGAUAGAGAUUGGGAGGACGCCAUGGGACAUUAUUCUGACUAGGACAAGACUGAGAAACCUCACAAGUGUGAUUAUAACUGGCUGCAAUGGACUAAAGGAUCUGAUGUGGUUGUUGUUUGUUCCUAACCUUACUCAUCUCGAGCUUCAGUGUUUGGAGAAGGUAGAAGAAAUCAUAAGCGAGGAGAAAGUUUCAAGUAGUAUAACAGAUGAGCCGAAAGCGCGAGGUAUGAAUACUCCUUUUCAGAAGCUUGAGAGGCUUGAGUUGAUCAACUUACCGAGGUUGAAGAGAAUCUACUGGAGCCCUCUGAUCUUCCCUUGUUUGAAGAAGAUUGUAGUAGAAAAGUGUCCAAAGCUGAGGAAGCUUCCACUCAGCUUUAAGAGAAUUGUGUUGGUGGUGGUGAAGAACUUGUUAUAA